CUAAGGGAGCGCAAGCAGAACCUUAUUUACAUGGACUCCGCCCCUCUAUGACGACACUGUUGGAUAUUAACCAAUAAAAACGUAAUACUGUGCUAGUCUUCAUUUGCAUACAGGCUCUAUAAGUAGCGCGUAACUAGGCUGUUUAGGUGUAGUCGGGUUCACUUCUACUGGCGUGUGGGGAUUCUCCUGUGUGAAGAUGCCGGAUCCAGCAAAAUCUGCUCCUGCUCCUAAGAAAGGAUCCAAAAAGGCUGUCACCAAAGUGCAGAAGAAAGACGGUAAGAAGCGCAAGCGCAGCCGGAAGGAGAGCUAUUCUGUUUAUGUAUAUAAAGUGCUGAAGCAGGUUCAUCCUGAUACCGGCAUUUCGUCGAAGGCCAUGGGCAUUAUGAACUCCUUCGUGAACGACAUUUUCGAGCGCAUCGCGGGCGAAGCGUCGCGCUUGGCGCAUUACAACAAGCGCUCGACUAUCACGUCCCGAGAGAUCCAGACAGCUGUGCGCCUGCUGCUGCCCGGCGAGCUAGCCAAGCACGCCGUGUCGGAAGGCACCAAGGCGGUCACCAAGUACACCAGUUCGAAGUAAGCGUGCAAGAGACGAACUAGAACAUCUAUUUUACCCCAAAGGCUCUUUUCAGAGCCAC